AUGCUUCCAUUCCUUCCUUCCUUCCUUCCUUCCUUCCUUCCUUCCUUCCUUCCUUUCUAUCUAUCUCAGUCCAUUCAUAUCUAUCUCAGUCCAUUCAUAUCUAUCUAUCUAUCUCAGUCCAUUCAUAUCUACCUAUCUAUCUAUCUAUCUAUCUCUCUCAGUCCAUUCAUAUCUAUCUAUCUAGCUAUCUAUCUCUCUCAGUCCAUUCAUAUCUAUCUAUCUAUCUAUCUAUCUAUCUAUCUAUCUCAGUCCAUUCAUAUCUAUCUAUCUAUCUAUCUAUCUAUCUCAGUCCAUUCAUAUCUAUCUAUCUAUCUAUCUAUCUAUCUAUCUCAGUCCAUUCAUAUCUAUCUAUCUCAGUCCACUCAUAUCUAUCUAUCUAUCUCAGUGCAUUCAUAUCUAUCUCAGUGCAUUCAUACCUAUCUAUCUAUAUAUUACUUUAGUCUGUUCAUAUCUAUCUAUCUAUAUCAGUCUGUUCAUAUCCAUCUACCUAUUUAUCUAUGUCUGUUUAUAGCUAUCUCACUCUGUUCAUAUCUAUCAAGCUAUCUCAGCCUGUUCAUAUCUAUCAACCUAUCUCAGCCUGUUCAUAUCUAUCAAGCUAUCUCAGCCUGUUCAUAUCUAUCAAGCUAUCUCAGUCUAUUUAUAUCUUUGUAG